AUGGGAAACCUGGUGGGCAGCUGGCGGUACAAGGAGCCGAGCACCGUGGAGGAAUGCGACUCGACGUGGGGCUCGGACUCGGAGCCGGAAGCCGAGGAGGACAGCGGGACAUCCGAGUCGGUGAGCGCCGUGGAGGGGGUGCAGGCCGCCGGACACAGCGGAGACACCUCCCCGCAGCUGACUGACUCUCCAGAGUCCGCUCCAAAGAUGAAGAGGAGUUUCUAUGCUGCCAGGGAUCUCCAUAAAUACCGUCACAGCUACCCGAACUACAGAAAGUCCAGGCAGCCCAGCGAGUACAGAAACCUACGCUUCUACAUGAACAAAAUCCCUCUGGUCCCUGAUGGGAUCUACAUCGAGGAGAUUCUGACCAAAUGGAGAGGAGACUACGACAAACUGGAGCACAACCACACCUACAUUCAGUGGUUGUUCCCAUUGAGAGAACAAGGGCUGAACUUCUACGCACAUGAACUGACUCAGGACGAGAUCAAAGAAUUCCAAAGCACUCGGGAAGCGAAGCGGAGAUUCGUGGCAGCCUACGCCUUGAUGUUGGACUUUUAUGGAGUCAAACUGGUGGAUAAAAAUGGAAAUGUUGCUCGGGCCGCCAACUGGCAGGAGCGCUUCCAGCACCUUAAUGAAUCCCAGCACAACUACCUGCGGAUCACUCGGAUCCUGAAGUCCCUGGGGGAGCUCGGCUUUGAGUCCUUCAAGGCUCCGCUCAUCCGCCUCUUCCUAGAGGAGGCUCUGUGCCAUGGGACUCUGGCCCACAUGCAGCACAGCGUCCUGGAGUACUACGUCUACACCGUCCGUCUCCCAGCCACGCGCCGACACCUGCUCCGCUUCGCUCGCCAGCACUACAGACCCCCCCACGCCUUCCUCUGGGGUCCACCGUCUACACAACGAGCCGGAGGUAGCUUAGGGGCUGGGAGCAGUGGGAUCAGAGCCCCCGCUCCCACACCGGAGCAUCACAGGAGGGAGGAGGAGGAGGAGGAGAGCCCCACUUUGUCAAGUAGCAGGGUCAAAGUGUCUUCCCAUAAUGCCAUUCUGUGCCAGGACCGGACCGGAUCAGGACUGAAGGGCUACCCGGAGCUGGGCUCUAACAUGGUUGGACUGUAGGUGGUCGUCUGUGCAGAACAGAGGGAUGAAUGAAUCAAUCCGUUAAUUCUAGGCCUCACAUUUACCAGUGAAACUACACGAGUCAAGUUGCAGGACAGGAAAACGAUUCAAACGGGAUUAGAACCAGUUCAGAUUAAGGGCUUAUUAUAAAUUAAUUACAAAACAAAGACUUUA